AUGUCACAAUCCAUCACUCCGUCCCAGGACGAACGGCCAGUAGCCUCACCAUACCUGCGCCAAGCAAAACAGUUUGGGCUCCUGCUUGCGGGAACAGGUUUCCUCGCUACAUCAAUUGCCAUCGCCAGACGCUCCGUUGUGCGGAGAAGAUUAGCCACGUUCCCGUCUUUUUACACGUCGAACCGCAGCCCUCCCACCUUUGAUGCUUCAGACAGGCAGUUGUUGGCUGUGCAAGCAUUGGGACUUGCCACACUCAAUGUAAUGAGCUUCGGGGUAAUGCUGGUUGGCGGCAUCUCUUGGGCUUUUGAUUUAUCCUCUAUCGAGGACUUGAGACAGCGCACUCGAACUGCAAUGCGCAGACCAAGCAAUAUAAGCGCCGAGGAUGAGAAAGAGGCCGAGCGCGAAAUGGAGAAGAUGAUGGAAAACCUCAUGGACAAAUUCGGCCUCAAGAAACCAGAGAAUGAGGCUACAGGAGAACCCCGGGCGGAGAAUGGUGGCCGGCAAUGA